AAUUCAAAGGGGACUAUUACCACUCAUGUUCAACCACGAAUCUUUCGUGUACGAUGCGAUCUCAUCUUUUAUUUAAUUUGUAUCCCCAAAAUUAAUAAUUGUUAGGCCAAACGAGUCAGCGACAUGACAUGUUCAUCAUCAUCCUGCCCAUUUUCUUACAACCACAUAACAAGACAAGAACCUUAAACUGUUCAUUUUCUUUUGAAUCGCGUCAAUUUUUUUUCAGAUAAGAAAACUACUGUUUUGUGUAAGGGAUGAAGAAGUCUUCAUGGGGUUGCACAAUCUUUAUCCAGUUAUCUCUCUGUCUCAUCGUCUAUGUGUCUCUGCAUUUUGGUCACCAAUCUUUGUCAUCAAGCAACGACGGUGACAAUGCCGGAGCUCUAGAUCUUCAUUUUAUCUCUGUUUCCGGUGGUUUCAGGCCUCUUCACCGUCAAACUCGUCUUCUCCGAUUGAUGGAGAGAGUUGCGGAAACUUACAAGGCUAAAUUUGUGGUGAGCACAAGUGAACAUGGAGAAGAAGAUCUACUCCUGCUGAAUGAUACUCGAGUCUCAUCUACACUGAAACUUCCAUGGUAUACUACGAAGAAAGGAUCCGGGAGUUUCAGAGAGCACAUCGAGAUGCCUUUUGGUGGAUCCUUGGAUGUUGUUUUUGUAGACACUGGCUCGUUACAAAAGCAAAUGAUGAGUGGAUCAUUGAAUGGCUCGAUGAUCAGCCAGUUGAAAGAACUUACAAAGGUUCUAAAAGCAGCAGAUGGAGACUGGCGCAUUGUUAUUGGAUCAGACCCCUUAUUCGCAUAUACACUAAGUAAUGGUCCAGAGGAAGCCAAGGGAGUUGCAAGGACAUUUCAGCAAAUCACCAUCAAAUAUGGAGUGAACAUGUAUAUAAGCGAAAAGGGCUGUACCAACGGAGCCAACGAAGAUAGCUUCACUUGCAUUAUGGUUCCUAAUGCAUCAGAGAACCGAGGUUUAACGAAUGAUAGUAAGAGGGAAAUGGAAGAUGGGUUUCUUCUUCACAGAGUUAGCUUCUCAGAGUUUGUUACAUAUACUAUCAACUUAUCAGGACAAGUCAUAGACACAAGAAUAGUUAAGCAAAAGGGCAAAGAGUCCAUCUAAGAUUAUUUUCAUAUUUUUUUGUGUGUGUGUGUUACCCACCCCCUCUCCAUUGUUGUAAACUCUGUAAAGCACCAACAUUUUUUAUUCAUCUUUUAAUGACCAAAAUACCCUUUGACCGCUCCAA